AUGAAGAAAUUACUGCUGAUUUCACUUAUUUUACCCAUUAUUUUUUGUACACGAUUUUUGCGGGAUGAGGAGGAUGAGGAAACUGAGGAGAUUUCGACGGUUAGUGAGGGCUAUGACCUGGCAUAUUGAGAAUUGGGGGAAUUUGCGAUUUUUGAGCCCAAACUUGAAAUUUUUGCAAGUGCGCUCUAUUGAUAACCCAGUUUUUAACCAAAAUUUUCAAAUUUUUGCAGGCUGACGGCCUCGAAGUCGCCGAAUACUGUGCAGCAGUCCACGCGCAAUACAACUAUUUUUGUCGUGGAAUCUGGUCAAUCGAAAAAAUCCGGCGAAAUCAGCGAAAACUCGACGAAAUCAACAAAUUCUGUCCGAGUUACAAGAAGGCUUGCAUCAAAAAUGGAGAGAGCAGCGAGGAAGAUGAGCUAACUCCAGAGGAAAAAGCGGAGCAUCGAAAAGGCGUGGAAAAUCGGGCCGGUGAGAUGGUUUUUGAGGAGGUUCUGGAGAAAUUGGAGGAAAUUGUGCCGUGCCGCCCGAAUUGUGACGUCAGAAAUCAUCCGCAUUGUACAAGGCGGUGUAAGGUGAGUUGAUUUGGGAAAUUUGGGAUUUUUUGAGUCUAGAUAAGCCUAGGCUUGUUUAGACUCAAAAAAUCCCGAUUUUCAGCCAAAAAUCUAUAAAUUUCAGACCUGAAAACUUUUUUUCAGUGCGAAUACGAGGCGAAGCGGACGAAAAAAUGGUGUUCUCGACCAAGCCCCAGGAAUGAGUAUUUUUGUCAACUUUGGUACGCUUCGUGCUCCGGAUAUCUUGAUUAA